AUGCUCCUCGCCGCGACCGGCCCGCUCCGGGUCCUCGGCCUUCAGGUCGAGCUUCAUGCGGGCCAGACGGAGGCAAACCUGGCGCGCGCCGAGGCGCUGAUUCGGGCCAACCCUGGCCACCGGCUGUAUGUGCUGCCAGAGCUGAGCAGCCACGGGUACUGCGACGAGGUGCUGUCGCAGCUCGACCCCACUCGGCCAGAGCGGCCGGCGCAAGACGCCGAGUCGGGCAGCGUCACGGCUUUCUUCUGCCGGCUCGCACGCGACGUCGACGCCCACAUCAGCUACGGCUUCCUCCGCGACGCCGGAGCCGGCCGCACCUGCAUCUGCCAGGCGGUGGUCGACCCUCGCGGCCAGCUGGUGCUCGCGUACGACAAGAUGCACCUCUGCGACAUGGGUGACUGCAGCGAGAUUGCACACGGCUGCUCGCCGGGCGAGGGCGAGCUCGGCGUCUUUGAGUGCGACGGCGUCCGCGUCGGCGUCACGAUCUGCUAUGACCUCCGCUUCCCGGAGCUCUACCGCGCUCUCGCGUGGGACGCGGGCUGCGACCUCAUCCUGCACCCCGCCGCGUUUGUGCGCGACGCCACCUUCCCGAUGUACCACCAGCAGUUUGUUGCGACUCGCGCCGUCGAGAAUGGUGUCUACCUGCUCUCUGUCAGCUACGCGGGCGAGCGCUUCGGCUCGUCGGUCGCGUGCCCGCCCUGGAUCGGCGACGUUCCUGGCCUCGCCGCGCCGCUGGCGGCCGCGUCGCUCGGCACUGCGGAGGGCGUGCUCCCUCUGGUGGUCGAGCCCAGGCACCUUGAGGCCGUGCGCCGCGCCUACCCCUACCGGAGGGACGUGCACCCGCGGCUCCGGGCUCCUCCCGCCCAGGGGGAUCGACGCAUGUUCGGUUUGCGUUUGUAUGCGUUCGGUUGGACGUUGGCGAUGCACCCAGGGCGAGUGGCCACAUCGAUGACCAUGACGAUCUGCGUUCCGAGCAUCUCAGCAACUGUGCCCGUCAGCACGCAGCACACGCCCUCUGCGGUGGAAUGGGGCCGUCCUGGUGCCAUAGUGCAACAUGUUUCGAGGGUCAAUAACAUGCGGCCGGUCUGCAACGGUGCCAUGCACGAUGUGGAAGCUGCAAUUGUGGAGGGCACGGUUGUGCAACAGGUCGUCGCGGACUCUUGA